AUGGUACCAACCGCCGAGGACACCAGGGAUCAUUCUACAGGUGUGCAGACGGGCAGCUCGGUGGUUCAGUGUAGUCGGGAAUUCUCCUGCCCGGACUGGUGGACCUGCUGCAGACAUCCAACAGGAACGUACAUCUGCUGUCCCUACUAUCAUGGACAGUGCUGUCUGGAUGGGUACCACUGCUGCCCAAAUGGCUAUCACUGUGACUUGACCUACACCAAAUGCUUGAACAACAACCUGCCUUAUCCCUUCGGGCUGCAUGUGCCAGCUGCCAUGAUUAUGGCCACUAAGGACCAUCAGCAGCAGCAGGAAGAUCUGGAGCAGCCCUGGGGCGCAAACAUGAGCGUGUGACGCCCACUUACAGUAAAUGCAUUGGAUGCUUGUUCUCCAACAUGCUGUUGUCAUCCUUUUCAUGCAUGACUUGGCUGUGCUUUGGCUGCUUUUGUAUCCUGA